UGUCUUAAAGACCUUGCCCUGAAUUAAUGGGAAGUGUAUCUAGUGAUAUAGAAAUAAGCUGUCUUCCACAUAUGGAAUCUGAUUUUUGGCUUUAAAAUCACAAAUCAGUUCCUGUUGGAGUGGAUACUCCCUCUGGGAGGUUCACCCAAAGUCCCCUAGCAUGAGAUUUUCAUUAGAUCUUGAGGGAAAUCUGCUUCUAGAAUGUUCUCUGAAAGCUCUGGCUUCUAUAAAUUUAGUUUUCUGCCAAGGUAAUCCAUAAUUUUCUUUUUUUUUAAUCUUUAAAUGCAGGAAAUGAAGAAAACAAAGAAAGGAUCAUUUUAUUGACUUCUUACACAGCAGAAAAUGUUUUUUUUAAAAAAAUAUUUUAUUUGUUUACUAGAAAGAGAGAGAGAGAACACAAGCAGGGGACCAUCAGAGCAGGCAAAAUGAGAAGCAGACUCCCCACUGAGCAGAAAGCCCAUAGUGGGGCUCUAUCCCCGGACCCCAGGAUCAUGACCUGAGCUGAAGGCAGACACUUAACCAACUGAGCCCACCAGGCGUCCCGCAGAAAAUGUUUUUAAUGAAUCUGGGCUGGGUUUUGAAUCUUCAGGCAUGAACCCUGGGCUUCCCAGCCUCCAGAACCCUGAGAAACAAGUGUCAGCUAUUUCAGGACCCGAGUCUAUGGCCUUUUAUGACAGCAGCCCUAGCUGACCACGACAGGCUCUUUGGAGCCACUCAGCUACAGAGCCCGGGGGAACGUGAGCAGAAGCAAGGCUCUGAGGUCACUGCUUUCCAGAAGCACCGGUAGGUGAGGAUGGAUUGUAGCAAAGAAGGAAAUCUUUGAUUUGAGAAAUCACGGCAGCUCCCCAAGUGAACCAGCGAGCCCCCCAGCUGGCUCCCGUCCAGGCCUGCGGUUUGGGGGAGCCUUGGGGCAGCAGGGGCAGGGCAGAGACACAGCGGGCAGGUGCUCCUGGGCGAUGCAAAGCCCUCCCUGAGCAUCGUCGCUGAGCGGAUGGCGGAUGGCGUAGCCGACCUUUGGGGGAGUCUCGCUACGGGAACUGAGUGAGUGACCUUCUGUCUUGGGAAGACAGACGCCCGGGGGGCUCUCAGGGCUGGGGACAUGGGGAACAGCCCGCUGGCCUCCCUGAGUGAGCCGCAGGCAGGGCGGCUGGGGGCGCACGUGGGGAGCCUGCUCGCACCCCGACUCCUCCAUGGCUGAGGCAUCAUUCCCAUUUUCUGGGGGUGGACUGUGCAUAAACACUCCGCUAAUCAGAUGUCAGCAACCCAUUUUUAGACAACAUGAAACACAUCGGGAAAAAAGAGAGAGAGAGAAUAAUGUGCCAAAUGCUCCUGCUCCCACCACUCAGAAUUUAAAAUGUUAGAAGUCUUUGCUCAACCUCAUUAAUCACCAGGGAAACGUACAUCAGGACCACAGUGACAUGCCACUUCGAACCCUCUAGUCCGGCUGCAAUCGAAGGGUCAGACAAUAGUCGGUGCUGGAGAGGUUGCAGAAAAAUUAGAAUUAGAACCUUCCUGCACUGCUGGGGGGAUCUCGGAAUGGUGCAGCCACUUUGAGAAACAGUCUGGCAGUUGCCCAAACAAUGAAACAGAUUUACACACAGCCCAGCAGCUCCAGCCCUAUAGAGACACCCAGGAGAACUGAAAGCACACGUCCACAUAAAAGCUUGUGUGUGAGUGUCCAUGGCAGCAUUAUUCGUGAUCUCCAAAAAGGUGGAAACCAUCGAAACGUCCAUCGGGUGAUGGAUACAUCAAGAAGAUGUUGUCCAUCCCUACAAGGGAACGUGAUUAGGGCCCUAAAAAGGAAUGAAGUUCCGACCUGCUACGACAUGGACGGAUCUUAAACACGUGAUGCUCGGUGACAGGAGCCAGACACCAAGGCCCGCACGUCACCUCAUUCCACUCGUGUGAGAUGUCCGGAAUCGGGAAACCCGGAAAAACAGAAAGUGUUUGCUUGGAGCAGAGAAGACAGUGAUGGCUGAAGGCACAGGGCUCUUCCUGAGGUGGCGGAAAUGCUCUAAAAAUCGACCGUGGUGAUGGUCGCACGUCUCUGGGAACAGAGGAAAAAGCACUGAGUCGAAUGCGCUCGUGGGUUGUACGGUAUGUGAAUUGUAGCUCCAUUAGGCUACUUAAAAGUCCGCGAUAUUCUUCUCCAACGUUUUUCAUAUGAAAGGACCAAAAUGUUACGAAACACGUGGAAGUCCCCUUUCUCUCCCUCCCUUCCUCGUCGUGAGCGAGGAUUCCCUUCCAGUCUGCUCUAAAGCACUGUUCCAUGUCAUGCCCCUCUCUCCCCUUCCUCAUUAACCACAUGCAAGAGCGCUGGGAGAUGGUGCCAUGACCACCUCCAUUUGACGGAUGAGCAAACUGAGGUCACACAGGUCAAAACUGAGCUUCCCCCCGGGGUCAGAGAGCCAGGCUGACCAGGGCCGGGUGCUCCUGUUCCACGUCCGUGUUACAAACUCUACGCCCGCUCCCGCUUCCUCCAGCAAGCGUCUUUGGCCAAACCUCACAAAUGAUCCCACUGAUCUGAAAAGAAUAUCGCAAAUCACAUUAACAGGGAAAUCUGUUGCUCGCAGAAAUCCCAAAACAUCUCUGGUAUUUUCCAGGAAACAUUUUUAGAAUCCCAAGGUGAUUUCCUAAGUCCUUGUCUAAAAGGUGAAAAAUCGCUAUGCCGAACAGCUCGAGCAGACGGUCGAGAUUUCUUCAGCACAACUCACCUAAUUCUCACGUCCCAGACCCACAAAUGUCACAAAUCUCCCUACAAGUCUUGAAAAUGUUACUACUUUCGUAGGCAAAGGAUGAAGAACAGAGAGGAGCUGAGAUGCUUCGCAUUUCAGAUACUCCAUCACGAUAAGGAUGGACCUUCUGGGAGCCGUGAAGCAGUUGCAGAAAAAGAGACAGGUCGACAGAGAAACUUCUGGAAGGCCCACCGCGGGGAGCCUCUGAUCACCCCCCCACUCCUGCUGCUCACUUGAUUUAUUUAUUUUUCUUUUUUCUUUUCUUGAUUUAUUCAUGAGAGACCCAGAGAGAGAGGCAGAGACACAGGCAGAGGGAGAAGCAGGCUCCAUGCCAGGAUCCCAGUGCGGGACUCGAUCCCAGGACCCCGGGGUCACAACCUGAGCCAAAGGCAGACGCUCCACCACUGACCCCCCAGACGUCCCACUGCUCGCUUUCAGAAACCAGCCUCUGAGCCUCGGGGAUGAGAGCUGGGCCCACCGGCCUUGUGGGGCCCCAGUAUCUGCAAAGUGUCACAGGAGACCCAGUGAUGGACGACACCUGGCCCUUGCCUUCAGCGCAAUAUCCUUAUUAACUGAUGUUGAGUGGUUUCCUAUGGAAAGUCGGCCCAUAAUAGUGAAAAAUAGCAGGGUUUUUAGAUACUCUUUAGACCCAGGAGGGAACAGAGAUGCACAAACUAACUGGGGCACCUCAGGCCGUGUGGGAGUGUGUUUGGUGGAUGAGCUUCGCUCGGGGCAAUCUAGGUGUGAACCUCCCGGUUGCAGGUCGAAUUAUGGAAGUCCCAGAAAGAGAUGUGGAAGUCCUAACCCUGGCACCUGUGGAUGUGGCCUUAUGUGGAAAUAGGGUCAUGGCAGGUGUGAUGAGUUACGAGGACGUCAGACUGGACGAGGGUGGCCCUUAAUCCCAUAUGGCUGGUGUCCUUGUAAGAAGGGGGAAGGGAGCUGGUGGAAACGAGGCAGGGACUGGAGGGACGUGGCCCCAGCCAAGGGAGGCCUGGGGCCCCAGGAGCCGAGGGGUCAGGGAAGGACCUCUCCUUCUCUUUGUUGAGCAUGGGGUCCUGGACCUGGGCCUCGCCCGCCCUUGCUUUUCUAGGCUGGCUCAUGCUCCUGAGCCCUGGCCUACUCCGUCUACACCAACCCAGCCUGGCUUCACCCGGGGCCCCUCGGAGGGCCGCCGAGCUCUUGGGCUUCUGCGGCGUCUCCCUGAGAGGCUCUGUCAGCGACGGGACGCAGAGUUGAGUUGCCCCCACCUCCUGAGUAAUCCCAGGGUCUGAGUCGAGGGUCCAGACAAGGAGCCCCAGACCUGCGGACACUGGUCAGCUGUUUCUAGGACCCCAAGAGGUCGUGGGACCCCAAGCCACCGUGCCCUGGCCCCAAGGAGCCUCCUGGCCUCAGCAAUCUCCAGCCCCUGCUGUUUCCUGGCCCCCUGCAGCUGUCUCUUUCCAGAACUCUGGUUCCAGGGUUUGUUCAGGCCCCUAAGGCUGGGACGGUGUCUGGGACCUUCAGGCCUCCAGGCCUCUCUGAGAGGUUCUACCCUUGAUGAGCCUCCUUCUGGCAGGAGGCGCCCACCCCGAGCCUGGGGCCUUGCUCACCCUACUGUGUGUGUAGAGCAUGACCUGAGAGCUCCAGCAGGGCCAAGGGUCCCCGUGAGCUUCGUGAUGCCCCGUGUCCCAUCCCGAGGGGACACACCUCCCGGCGGAGGAGCAGCAGCCAGCGAGGCCACGGCAAGGCCAGCACACAGGUCAUCGGAUCUGCUGGAUCUAAUGACAUGUGUUACGUGUCUUGUCAUCCUCAUUUUCCAACUUUCUUAUUUAGUGUAUUUUACAGAACUCUCGGGCCAUGAUGAACUGAAAACAAGAAACAAAACUGGCCCUAGACCGCAGCAAGUCUGGAAGCAAGCAGGUGUCAGAGGCACUGGGUCCCUGGGGCAUGACUACAGGGGCCUGGCCCCGUGGGGCCCCAUCCUCUGGGCCUGGAGCCGAGUGCCCACCACAGGACCCAUCCCGUGGACGUGAGCUGGGUCUGUGCCCGCCCAGCGCAGCAGGGUUGAAUAGUUGUGUCAGCCUGCGGCCUGCGAAUCCCCCGGUGGUGUUCACUGGGACCCCUGCCCCCUCUCUGGAUGAGCCCUUCUCUACGGGAGCAGCGCCGCCGCCUUGCGGGCAAUUUGGAAAUGGCACGUCUGCGGCGCCCACGAGAGUCAUUGAAGAAAUGCAGAGGCCCCACACCUCAGGCUCUUCCUCUCCAUGUGAGUCGGCGCAUCUCCCUGCUGGACCACAGGCUUCUGGGCCGGAGGCUGGGAGAGGGGACGGCAGUAGGGUCCUCCUCUCCGUCCCCCACCCCGCCCGCCAGCCUGAGAACACAGCCCCCCGCAGUAGGACCACAUCGCUGGGUGAAUGCAGCCAGAGGAAGCACGAGCCUCGGAGCAGCUGGAUCAACCUCACGCCUGGGUGACGCAGAAGAUCACCUGCCACGGAGACACCCAGCCCUUGAGUGUCCCCUUCGUCAUUAACAAGUGUCACCAACUCACAUUUGUGCCAAAAUCCUUUUAGGUGCCACAUGUGCUACAUCCUUGUAGAUUCUGGGUGUCGGAAGCCCCCUCUCCCCCCUACCUCACCCACGGACCUGUGACAACCUCAGCUACAUGAUUGUCCCACUUUGUGUCACCGGAGGCCCUGAGAUCAGGCCACCUCCUUCACGCAGCCCUCCACAGCGCCCUUGGCCGCACACCCUCAGCAUUUUAUUUGCAUUGUGUGGGCACGGUCAUCCCCCCACCAGGACAGGCUGGUGGCCCUGGAUCCUUCUCGCACAGAGCAAAUGGACUAAAUUAAGCAUGCAUCAAUGAAAUUAUCUGCUUCCCCUGAAACUAGGUGACCUCUGAGCGGGGACACAUUCCUCACAGCUGCCCAGAAGCAGCUGGAGUGUUGACAACCCACAGGAGGAUGUGGCCAGGCCCACUGUGGGCAGGCGGUUCUCAGGUCCUGUCAGGAGUCAGCGGCGAGGCGCUGGCCUGCUCCCCUUCCCGCCUGGCCGGCCUCCCUGGGAAGGGUCCCACCUCCUGCAGGGUGCCGGCCCCUCUGGGCCCUCGGCCCCUGCUUGGGGCAGCCCUUCCCUCCCUCGGCCCGGCGCCCCCGCAUCCCAGUCCUGCCUUCCUCUGCGGCCCUUCCUGCUGCCCGCAGCCCCCAUCCCGCCCGCCUUCUGGAAUGUUCCGCAAAAGCAGAGGCCGGGCAACUCUCAUUCCACUCCCAGCUCGGAGUGGAAGUUCAAGAGGCUCUUCAGGGAGUCUGGUCAGAGAAGUCUCGGGAAGGCACGGCCUGCAGACCCCAACCUGUCCAACCCGCCUCCUCUCCCCUAAAACCUCUCCUCGGUCUCCCCGAGCAGCUUCCUGCGUCUCACCCCUGGGCACACCUGCGGCCCUGCUGCCUUCACCCUGCCCUGCCCACUGCCCGGCUCUGCACAGCCUCCGCACCCCUGCCCCUUGCAUCCCUGCUUGGCCUGGCUGUAGGGCUCAGCCACCCAGGGUCCCUGCCACACCCUGGCCAGGACCAGGUGCCACCCUGCCUGCCCCUCCCGCCACCUUCCUGAGCAUCGUAGCUAGAUGCAGCCCCCGGCGUGCUGCUGGGGACACUCUGCAGGCUGCGGCUGUCCCUCCUGGUCUUCCUGUAGGCCACCUCCCCCCUGCACGGCCUCCAGAGCGCCGGCUUCGGGCCCUCACCCCUGCCAACCAGCCCAGCCCAGGAGGUGACAUUUAUAAAAACCCCCUUCUUCUCUGCCUUGAAGAGUGGCAGCCACGGCUGGAACCGGGUCACUGCCUCCUGAGAAGCACAGUCCCCAGCAGCAAGGCCCCGGAGCCCUGCCCCAUAGCUCUCCCCCUACCUCCUCCCCUUGGAACUCCCCGCCACCCCGAGCAUUGCUUCCAGAACCCAGCUCUCUGGCGCUGGAAACUGAGACAUAAAAGUCAAUUACUUUAUUGGGCUUAAAAAAAUGAAAAGCAACCAGCAGACAGGAUUUGUUUCCUAAUUUAUUUUCGGAACGAGUUUUCACUUGGUAUUGAUUGUCGCCGGUCUGGGGGUUGGGGAGGUGGUUUGAGAUUUGUGUCCUGGUCCCUCUGGAGCCUGGCACAACAAAGGCCAUGCAUGCAUCUCCUUGUUUGAUAAUGAAUUCAUUGUUUCCCCCCCUCUCCAUAAAAAAUGGUCACCAAUUUAUUAAUAUAAUCAAAAUUGAAAAUCUCACCAAUGUCUUUUUUAUAGUUGGUUUGUUUGAAUCAGAAUCUAAAACAAAUGUUAGAUAUAUUUCCUGGAUCUACAAUGGUACCCACAUGCUUCUCUUUCUCUCUCUCUCUCUCUCUUAACAACUAUUUUUUGAAGAAACCAGAUCAUGUGUCCUAUAGAAUUUUCCACCUUUGCACUUUGCACCAUGAGAAUUCAUUGUUGGGCAGCCCAGGUGGCUCAAGCAUUUUGGCGCUGCCUUUGGCCCAGGGCCUGAUCCUGGAGACCCGGGAUCUAGUCCCACGUCAGGCUCCUUGCAUGGAGCCUGCUUCGUCCUCUGCCUGUG